CGGAGGAGUAGCGCCUCUGCCUCCCGUUUCUCCUGGCCGCCCACGCUCCUUCUUCACACCCGUUGCGACUCCGUGCGGAUGUAUCCACUGGUUUGGGUUUCCGUCUGUUGGGACGGCCUGCGGGGAGACGGAGAGCAGGGAAGGCCGUGUGUGGGAGCCGCGGCGUGGAGGUGGCACCGAGGCGUUGGCCGCUUUUAUCCUAGACAAUAAGAAGUGUCUCGGCUUCCGCAGAAGUGAGAGGAAGAAAGCCCAAAACAAAAAGAGCCAAGAGAUUCCUUGAGAAAAGAGAACCGAAACUCAGUGAAAAUAUUAAAAAUGCUAUGCUGAUUAAAGGGGGCAAUGCAAGUUCAACAGUGACACAAGUACUUAGAGAUGUGUAUGCACUGAAGAAACCAUAUGGAGUUCUGUAUAAAAAGAAAAAUAUUACAAGACCGUUUGAGGAUCAGACAUCAUUGGAAUUUUUUUCAAAGAAGUCAGAUUGUUCUUUAUUCAUGUUUGGCUCCCAUAAUAAGAAGCGGCCAAAUAAUCUAGUAAUAGGUCGUAUGUAUGACUACCAUGUGCUGGAUAUGAUUGAAGUAGGUAUCGAGAAGUUUGUCUCCCUUAAAGAUAUUAAGAAUAGUAAAUGUCCGGAGGGAACAAAACCCAUGUUAAUAUUUGCAGGUGAUGAUUUUGAUGUAACAGAAGACUACAGAAGGCUAAAAAGCCUUCUUAUUGAUUUCUUCAGAGGCCCCACAGUAUCAAAUGUCCGUCUGGCUGGUUUAGAGUAUGUUCUGCACUUCACUGCACUGAAUGGGAAGAUUUACUUUCGAAGCUAUAAGUUGCUGUUGAAGAAAUCUGGCUGCAGAACACCUCGGAUUGAAUUGGAGGAGAUGGGACCCUCAUUGGAUCUGGUUCUGAGGAGGACACACCUAGCAUCAGAUGACCUUUAUAAGUUAUCUAUGAAAAUGCCCAAAGCCCUCAAGCCAAAGAAGAAGAAAAAUGUCUCUCAUGAUACUUUUGGUACAACUUAUGGAAGAAUUCAUAUGCAGAAGCAAGACCUAAGCAAACUACAAACCAGGAAAAUGAAGGGGUUGAAGAAGCGACCUGCAGAAAGGAAAGCAGAACACCAGGAGAAAAAAUCAAAGAGAAUUAAAAAGGAUUGAUGGAA